AUAGAAACGCCACUUACACCAUCUUUACUGUUAGUAUGUUCCAAACAGGCCCUAUGAGGAAAUUGUUGAAAGUUGCAGAGCUUCUUUGUAAAUUGACUGUACAAAGAAAUUAUAGCCAAGUGUCAAAGGCGAACCAAACACAGAAGAAGAGGAAGUAUAUUCAUAAGAUUGGUAAUCACAAGAAAUACAUGGGAGAUAAAAUACCUCUGCCAGAUGUAAAUGGUGAAGUUUUGUGUGGCAUCCAUCCAGUACAGGCAGCAUUGCAUGCUGGGAAGAGACAGCCUUAUACUGCAUUCUUUAUGGUUGGUUUAUCCAAUGAAAGGUUAGACCUGCUGAGAGAACAGUGUGUAGAGAAACAAGUACAAAUCAUUGAUGUGAAAGGAUAUGUAUUGGACAAUUUAUCUGGAAAUCAUCCCCACCAGGGUGUCUGCUUAGAUGUCUCAAAAUAUAAGACUCCCCAUAUAUGUCUAGAUACAGAUAUAACAAGUGAAAAGCUGUACAGUAGUGAUGGAAAACCCAAUGUAUGGUUGUUACCAUUUCACAUAAAGGAUACCAUGAACAUGGGUGCUGUUCUUAGGUCAUCUUAUUAUUUAGGUGUGAACAAGGUGUUGUUACCUUCUCGUUACAGUUCAGCAUUGAAUCCUGUAGUAAGCAAGGCAAGUGCUGGGGCUCUAGAAGUCAUGAAUAUACAAUCUCUCAAACAUGAUACUUUACUGGAAAAAUGUCUUGUGAAAUGGAGAGACAAUGGUGGAAUAGUUGUUGGAUCUACUGGUAACGAGGGUCAUAGUAAAGCUUUACAUUUACAUCAAUUCACUGUUGAUAAACCAACACUGCUUAUUAUUGGAAACGAGGCUGAAGGAAUCAGUGAGAAUAUAAUUGAACUAUGUGAUGUUUUACUCAAUAUUAAAAAUUAUCAACCAGAACUUCAACAUCUCAACAACUUCUGUGUGGACUCUCUCAAUGUUUCCGUAGCAACAGGGAUACUGCUUCAUUAUAUUAUGAUGAGUAAACAUGGACAUUGAUGAUCCUGUAGAUGAAUGCUUGAUCAAGUUAGAGUACAAUGAAAUGAUGGUUAAUGUCUGUAACUUCAGUGGUAAAUGUAAUAAAAUAUUUUAAAAUAUA